AUGGGGUGGGGACAGCAGGGUGGUCCCUCACGACCCCCUCCCUCCUUUUCCCCAGAGCUGUUCGGGUCGGUGGAGCCGCUGCUGCCCACGCUGCGCGAGGAUGGCGUGGCCGUGUGGGUGCUGGGCCGGGGGUCGUACCCGCCGGGGGUCGUGGCCCUGCAGGAGCUGCUGGACGAGGCCUCGGACCAGCUGGAGCCCGAGGACGUUUGGGAGCCCCGGGACAUGAACGAGACCUGCCUGUUCAUCUUCACCUCGGGCACCACCGGGCUCCCCAAAGCCGCCCGAGUGUCCCACCUCAAGUCGGUGAUGUGCCUGAACUUCUACGAGCUGGUGGGAGCCUCCCGAGGGGACGUUGUGUACCUGGCGCUGCCCCUCUACCACAUGGCGGGGGCCCUGCUGGGCGUCGUGGGCUGCCUCGGCAUCGGAGCCACGUGCGUGCUGAGGGACAAGUUCUCGGCCAGCACGUUUUGGGACGAUUGCCGGGCCGAGGGCGUCACCGUCUUCCAGUACAUCGGGGAGCUGUGCCGGUACCUCGUCAACCAGCCCCAGCGCCCCGGGGAGCGGCAGCACGGGCUGCGCUUGGCCGUGGGCUCCGGGCUCCGUCCCGAUGUCUGGAGGAGCUUCCAGAGGCGCUUCGGGCCCGUCAGGAUCGUGGAGACCUACGGGAUGAGCGAGGGCAACGUCACCCUCUUCAACUACACCGGAUUUGGGGGCCCAACAUUUGAGGAGCGGCUGGAGGUGACCGAGACGUUCAAGCAGCGGAAGCUCCGCCUGGCCCGGGAAGGGGCGGAUCCCGCGCUGGUUCCUGACCCGCUGUUCGUGCGGGAUGAGCCGUCCCGAUCCUACAUCCCGCUGGAUCCGCAGCUCUGGGAGCGCCUCCGCGAUGGUCACCUCCGGAUUUAA